AUGAAGAUUCAGCGCGAAACAUGCGGUAAACAACAAGUCAGGCAUCGCGGGGCUUCCGGGUGGUCACUGAACAUACCCAGUUAUUCCAGUCCGCUAAUGGAGCGUAGGUGCGUAUCCACCUCGUGCAGGAUGGGGAUCAUGGACCGAGGACCACUGUUGCUGGAAGGCUGA